AUGAGAGCCAAAGCGCACCACCAAAACAAGUUCAUGCGGUUCAUCACAAUACCCAUCAGGGUUCUGAACAAAGCCAUGGACAUGUACGUAAAAAGGAUGACAGAUUGUGCUGACAAAGUCGGUUAUGGCAACAUCAUGGGAGGCCCGGUCCAACCGGUAGCCAUGCCAAGAAGCUUCAGUUCUAGCUCGACGAGGUCUAACGAUAGUGAAGAUUUCAGAGAGCUCAUGAGAAUUGCAUCUACUAGGAGUUUGGGGAAUACAGUUAACAUGGAUUUGCAUACGCAGCAACACAAGAGUCAGCCAAACAUUAUCGAGUCAAGGGGUGUUCCUCGGAGUUGCAGUGUUGGGAUGGGUAGAAUUGAUGAAGACAAGCCCUGUGUUUUUGGAGAAGACAAUGUUAAUUUCAAGACAGAAUUGAAGUACCCAAGGAGCAGAAGCUAUGCUGUCACAAAGAGAAGUGUUGUCUUUUGA